AGAAGGAUUUCGACCAAGGUAAGAUCGCGCUUCAAGGCGCCACUUGACGUGCCUAUAGCUCGUCUUCUACUGCGUCUCUAAUUAACCACUGCACAAUCGACCAUGGCGGACUCUGCGUACUCGUUCAGUCUGACGACCUUCAACCCGUCGGGCAAGUUGCUGCAGAUCGAAUAUGCGCUCAACGCCGUUAAUACUGGUGGCAAGACGUCGCUGGGCAUUCGAUGCAAAAACGGCGUCGUGAUCGCCACGGAGAAGAAGUUGCCGACAAUUCUGGUGGAUGAGGACUCGCACAAGAAGAUCGCAGUGUUGUCUGAGCCCGCUGGUAUCGUGUACAGCGGUCUAGGCCCCGACUAUCGCGUGCUGGUCCGCAAAGCACGCAAGAAGGCGCAGACCUACUUCCAGAAGUACAAGGAGCACGCGCCCGCCAGUAUUUUGGUGCGUGAGAUCGCGGCAGUCAUGCAGGAGUUCACGCAGUCCGGCGGCGUGCGUCCCUUUGGCGUGUCGAUCCUGUACGCGGGCUACGAUGACGACGGUCCGCAAUUGUAUCAGAUUGAUCCGUCUGGAGCUUAUUUCGGCUGGAAGGCUACGGCUAUUGGCAAGGACUCGGUCAGUGCCAAGACGUUCCUCGAACGGCGUUACAACGACGAUUUGGAGAUUGAAGACGCGAUUCACACGGCGCUGCUGACGCUCCGUGAAGGAUUCGAGGGCGAGAUGGACGAGACCAACAUUGAAGUGGGGAUCAUCAAGGAGGACAAGAAGUUCCACGUGCUGACACCUGCUGAGGUGAAGGAUUACCUGGAGCAGGCGGAGUAAAAUCGUUUUGGCCAAUUUCAGCGUCGAUGCUUUUAGUUUUACGCUGGCUAGAACUGGUUUUUUUUAGUGAAUUGCUGACAGACAAGCAUGCAGCUUACAGUAAUAACACCAAGUUGCGAAGCUUGUAGAGUGUCCAUGUUGUAUUGUGUGGAAAUCUAGCUGUUUGUCGCGUCUAAUUGCUCGAUGGAACUUGGUGAAAGGCAAAACCUGCGCCUUGGCCACCUAAGUGACCUACACAGUCAACGCGCAAGUUACGUUGGUAGGCAGCGCCAACGAUGUUGAGUGCAGUGUAGAGCUCAAGCAUCUGCGCCGAUGUCAUAUCGAAGAUCCCGUAAAGCAGGAGCUAGUAUCAUGCAGUAAAACCACGUUAAAACACCAAAUUUACCAGCAAUAAGUAGGCAACGUACCCGUUGGUCAGGAAAGAGCAGACACGACACUGUGAAGACAGCCGAGACGGCCCCACUG